AGUAUGUUUGUUCAAUUUGGCACAAGUAAACUUUAGUCCCAUUCCCCAUUAACCGUUCCUAAUCCGUUAAAUUUCCGUAUUCUCUACGUCAGUGUUAGGAACGAGGGAAUCCCUUGCCGUUUAAAUCAUGUACAAAUACAAGCCGCAGUUUUAAUUUUUUUCAAUACACAUCGCCGUUUCUUACCAGCCAGUUGGCGUAUUGUUAAUUCUUAAUUUAAAUAGUUUGUUGGUUAUUUUAUUUGUUUGCUUUGGACUUUUUGGUGACUAGAAAUAUAAGAUUUUCAUUUGUUUCGUUUUCUCUUUUAAUUUUUCAAAAUGUUGAAGAUAUUAUUAGUGGUUGCGAUUGUUUUUAUCUACACGGCAUAUGCAGCUGUAGUAACAUGCGGACCUAAUGAGGAAUUAAACCGUUGUCCCUCGAACUGCUCUGAUGUUUGUCCAACAAAGAGCGGUGAGUUCACCAACUGCAGACGUCCGAACAGGGAACAUUGCCCGCCUCCGAAAUGCGUGUGUCAAUUUAACUACAGACGAGCUGAGAAUGGAACCUGCAUACCUGCGAGAGACUGCCCUGCAUUCGAUUGUCCUAAUGAAAACGAAGAAUACAAUCCCUGUCCAGGCUACUGCCCUACAGACGACUGCACUCAAGCAACGCCGAACGGAGAAUGCCCUUUAUUUGGUUUAUUCUUAAUUGUUGUUGAAUGUCUACCCACUUGUCAAUGUCAACCGACAUAUUGGAGAAAGGAUGGUGUCUGUGUACCUUACCAACAAUGCAUAGUUAAUAAAGAUUAAAUAAUCCAACUCAUUGUAAUUUAAAAAAUAAAAUGUCUAAUUUACCUAUGAAGUUAUGGAUUAAAAUGUCAACUUGAGUGAUAUUUCAAUAAAUAUCACUCAAAAUCGCACAAACCGUGAAUACAAAAGACCAAAUGAAACAGACAUUAUUGUGUAACACACAUGGGAAGCAAAAACUGAGAUAAAAAUCGGAUAUCCAAAAAUGACAGGAAAACGACAGCAGCAAGGUUUCACCAUUUUACCAGCUUACAUUGGAAGAAUAUACAUUUUUAUACGAAAGAAAAUAUGAUUGAAUUUCAAGCAAAUGCAUUGUAUUUUGGCAAUUGUAGUACCAGUUUAAUUCAACUAUAGUUCAAAUAAUUAUUACCUAUUACGAGUAGUUCCUGAUUUUGUUCCUACAUUUUUUAAUUAAGAACAC